CUGUCAGGAUACUGGUCCUGUUAAUUUAAUAGGAUGUGUACUUUUUUGGUCUAAGCGUCUAAGUUAUUCUGAUUUCUGUGGGCGCGUUCGUGUCAAGGAAGUGAUUGUCAGAUGGUAAAUAAAUGUCUGUAAAGCAAAUAAAAAUGCCGUCAGUGACGAAAGAUUCAACGAUAUUGAAAAUUGCGGUGGAAAUGCUCAAUGCCCCCGACAAAGUACCACAAUUGAUUGAGUUUGAUCAAAGUCAACCCUUAUCGAGUAUUAUCCAGGGUUUGUGCAAGGCGUGGGGUCUUCCAGAUCCCGUUAACUAUGCUUUGCAAUUUUCCGAAAGCAAUAAUCAAAAUUAUAUUACGGAGAAAAACCGUAAUGAAAUAAAGAAUGGAUCUGUCCUACGCCUCGAACAGUCACCAGCCAAAACGGUUCACGAUAUAUUAGCCAAAAUUAACACAGGUACAGAAGCAGAACAAACUGCAGCUUUAACAAAACUAUCGAAUGUAAGCAGCGACCUAACAUUCGCUCUUGAGUUUAUUAAUAAAAAAGGAUUAUCAUUAAUUAUCAACAACAUAGAAACAGGAAAAUUUAAAGGCAACUGCUUAAAGUAUGCCCUGGUUACAUUCGUAGAAUUAAUGGACCAUGGUAUUAUAUCCUGGGAUAUUUUGGAAAAUCAGUUUAUAAAUAAGGUUGUUAGCUUUGUUGGUAAUCAAACAAAUGCACAAGAUCCAAAGAUAAUUCAGUCAUGCCUUUCUAUUCUUGAAAAUAUUGUACUGAACAGUUCAGGAAAAAAUUCGCAUGUUGAAAAAGAAAUUACUAUACCCAGUUUGAUCUCUCAUCUAGAGAACCAGGACAGGAUCAUCCAACAAAAUGCAAUUGCCCUUAUCAAUGCAAUAUUUUCUAAGGCCGACUUAAUAAAGAAAAAAACAAUCGCAGCUACAUUGUGCUCAAAACAAGUAAGAAAUAAAAUUUAUGAAAAUCUUAUUACCAAAAAUGUAUCGAAGGAAACACUAGGCACCGAGCUUGCACAUCAACUUUAUGUGUUACAAACAUUGACUCUUGGGCUGCUCGAGCCGAAAAUGCGUCAAAGAGCUGAUGCUCAGGAACAGGAGUCUCAAGAGAAAAUAAAAGAAUUGAGAAAGUUGGCAUUUGAAAAUGACAAUAAUACCAACAUGGAAGUCACAACAAGACGGCAGACAGGUAGUUUAUCAAAGGACUUCAAAAAACUUGGCUUCAAAUGUGAAAUAGAUCCUAUCAAAGAUUUCAAUGAGACCCCACCUGGUGUUCUGGCAUUAGAUUGCAUGUUAUAUUUUGCAAGAAACUACAGAGAGGAUUAUACAAAGAUAGUUCUCCGGAAUAGCUGUCGAGCAGAUGAACAGGAAUGUCCAUUUGGCAAAACUAGCGUUGAAUUAGUUAAACUACUAUGUGAAAUAUUACAUGUAGGGGAAACACCAAGUGAACAGGGACAAACUUAUCACCCCUUGUUCUUCACACAUGAUCAUCCUUUCGAAGAGUUAUUCCGGAUCUGUAUAGUCUUACUAAACAAGACAUGGAAAGAAAUGAGAGCCACAACAGAAGAUUUUGUCAAAGUUCUGAGUGUUGUUAAAGAACAGAUUAGUAGGGCAUUGGCAGCAUCUCCUAAGACCUUUGAUAAAUUCAGACAGAAGAUUAAAGAAUUGACAUAUAGUGAAAUUACCCACUUGUGGCAGCAAGAGCGUACUAAUCGAGAAGUAUGGGAAUCCCAUGCUAGACCCAUUGUUGAACUUAAAGAGAAAAUAACACCUGAGAUUAUAGACUUAAUUCAACAGCAGCGCCUAGGUGUUUUGGUAGAUGGAACAAGAUUUAAGAAAUAUAUGAAGAUCAACAGGAAAGAUAAAUUUUGGUUUAUCCGAUUAUCACCAAAUCAUAAAAUUCUACAUUAUGGAGAGUGCGACGAAAAAAGUACACCAAGUUUGGAGGAAUUGGGUACUAAAUUGGCUGUCGCUGAUAUCAAAUGUGUUGUUGUAGGCAAAGAUUGCCCCCACAUGAAGGAUUUGAAAGGAAAGAUUAGCAGUCCACAUUUAGCUUUCUCACUUAUACUAAAGGCAGCAGAAGUUCCUUCGCUUGAUUUUGUUGCACCAGAUGAGCAAAUAUUUGAUUACUGGACAGAUGGCAUCAACGCCUUGCUAAAAGAAAAAAUGACAAGCAAAUCUUUUGAGAAUGAUUUGGAAACUCUGUUGUCUAUGGACAUAAAGGUCAGACUGCUUGACGCUGAAGGUAUUGACAUACCCCAAGAUCCCCCUCAAAUCCCGCCAGAACCAGAAGACUACGAUUUUUAUUAUGAAAAUAAUUAAAUAAACUUUAAAAUUAAUGUAAAUAAAAUCAAGUAUUGUAUUAUACCUAGUAUUUAAGUGUAUCUCAAGAAUUAUUUAGUGGAUAUAUUUUCAUUCCUGCAUCAUUUUGUUGCCCAUAUUUUUAAGUAUUCAUUAUUAGCAUUUAUUUAAUAGCACAUUAAAGUUUUGUAAGUUCAAUGAGCCAUUCGCAGAACAUAUACAAAUGGAUUAACAUUCAUAAUAAAUAAUAAAAUGUAUUUCAUUUUUAAAAUUUCAAUCAACAAUAAAUGAAUAUGAAUUUCAUACAAUAAUAGAAUGACAUAUGUGUAUUCUUUAUAUGCUAUUUUUUUAUAUACAUGUAGUCUUAGUUCAUUUUACAGUGAUAUAGAAAGAAAGGGUAAAGAUAAAAAAUUUAUUGAUGUUUAUAAAAUCGAUAUUUAUUUCAUUUAACUGAUGAUGUUUAAGUAUUCUUUAGUUAUGAGUCAUAAUUAUAAUUUCACCUUAUUACCACGUUUUAUGUACACCAAAGAUUGACAAAUAAAUUUAGUAUAAUCGUAUUAUAAUAAAAAUAAACAAAUAUUUUAUA